CGACAAUAGAAGCAGGUCAACAACAUCGAUUAGAGGCAUUUAAAAAGCCGGCAGGUCUGCAGACUGAAGCUACAAGCUCACACUUUAAUGCGGAAACACUGCUGGAGUCGGUGACAGUUAGCUCACCUGCUGACUCUGUUUAUCUCUGCAGCUUUGUUGACAUAAACAAGCGAACUUACAAACAGUAACUGUCGGUAAUAACGAGCUAUGGCGGUUAAUAAAGCCAAAGUCGCGAUUGGGUUCAUAGUCGCAGGUGUCCUGACGGUGUUCUUCGGGACUGCUCUUACCUUUGUGGGACCGAUAAUCAUCGACGACCAGAUAGUGAAGAACACGGUGAUCGACCCAAAGAAUGAGAUGUCCUACACCAUGUGGAAGGACGUCCCUGUGCCGUUCUACAUGUCCGUCUACUUCUUCCACGUCCUCAACCCGAAGGAGAUCCUGAACGGGGAGAAGCCCAUGGUGGAGCAGAAAGGACCUUACGUGUACAGGAAACGCAUCCAGAAAGACAACAUCACAUUUCAUCCCAACAACACGGUGUCCUACAGGGAAUACAGAAGAUACUACUUCGAGCCGUCCAUGUCUGCAGGGAACGAGUCCGAUGUUGUCACGAUUCCAAACAUGUUGGUCCUGGGUGCGGCAGUAAUGAUGGAAAACCUGCCCUUCGCUGUGCGUUUAAUGAUCAGCGCCACCUUCAAGACUUUCAAAGAAGGGCCCUUCCUGACUAAGACAGUAGGGGAGCUGAUGUGGGGUUACGACAGCGGACUGGUUGAUUUCCUCAAUAAAUACCUGCCCGGCAUGCUGCCCUCAUCGGGAAAGUUUGGCCUCUUUGCUGAAUUCAACAACUCCAACACUGGCCUGUUCACCAUCUUCACCGGACAAGACGACAUCAGGAAUGUCCAUAAAGUGGACUCCUGGAACGGCCUGACACAGCUGAACUACUGGCGGACUCCUCAGUGUAACAUGAUCAACGGAACAGCUGGACAGAUGUGGCCUCCUUUCAUGACCAAAGAGAGCACUUUACCUUUCUACAGCCCCGACGCCUGCAGAUCUAUGGAGCUUGUUUACCAGCGUCCUGGCAAGCUGAAGGGGAUCCCACUGUAUCGAUUCGUUGCACCCAAAACCCUCUUCGCCAAUGGGACGGACUACGCUCCCAAUGAAGGCUUCUGCCCCUGUAGACAGUCGGGUCUGCUGAAUGUCAGCAGCUGCCGCCACAACUCUCCAGUCUUCAUCUCUCAUCCUCACUUCUUUAAUGCUGACCCUGUACUGCUGGACUACGUGCAGGGCCUUAAUCCAACUGAGGACGAGCAUGGCCUCUUCAUAGACAUUCACCCACAAACUGGUGUCCCACUGAACGUGUCCAUCCGUCUGCAGCUCAACCUCUACAUGAAGAGAGUGUCAGGAAUUACAGAAACUGGCAAGAUUUCUGAGGUGGUGAUGCCAAUGAUCUGGUUCGAGGAGAGCGGCUACAUAGACGGCCCCAUCCUCAACACGUUCCACACGAACCUGGUGAUUCUACCUGCUGUGAUGGAGUUCAUGCAGUACGGCUUCAUCACCCUCGGCCUGGCGACGAUAAUAAUCGCCGCCCUGGUGUAUCACAGAGCGAAGAGGUCUCGUAAAACCGUUAUGUUGACUUCGACAGUGGUGAAAAACCCCGGGGCCUCCGAUAAAGACCUGGUAAAAGGUUCACAUGUCCAUGAAACAAAGGAGAAAAGUAUCACGUAUAAUUCAGAGUAAAUGUGACGACGGCGACGACGACGCCACAUCAUAUGGAAGCACUUCAAUCCAAGAGAAAGACCCUCUGUUAGAAGAAGAUAUGGACUGACAGACACACACACACACACACACACACACACACACACACACACACACACACACACACACACACACACUCUCUCUCUCUUACACACAUACACACACACAGCUGGUGAUAUGGGUUCACUGCUGGCCAAACAUCAUUCCAGUAUCAUGGACUGAAACACUGUCACAAGGUGCUCCGCGUAUUUUAGAGCUCUGCCAUAUGUGACUGUACUGUAAUGUUUAUGAAACUCUCAGCCGCGCACUCACUUUCUUUAAAUGUGUCGAGGCUGUCGGGGUUGAGACUGAUUUAGUCUCUUCAUGGCGGAGUGAAGCUCACUCAAAGCCACUCUUUGUAUAAAGAACUACCAAAAACCACUAUUUCCAGUUAGCUGUGACAGUUGUGAACAUGUGUGCAGGGUGUGAACUACAGGGGAGCCUCUUAAUAAGCCACGAGCUCCCCUGAAAACAUGAUUUGUGAAAUUGUUUUUUUUGGGGGGGGGGGUCUCUAAAAUAUUGACAGUAUCACCCUCUCCAGGAUUUUGCUGGAUUUUUUUCCCCGGCCUAAAAUGUCUGACUUUGAGAAAAUUGCCAUGUAUUUUGUUUAUUUAGGCAUUUUGUUGCAAUGUAAUUGCAGGAGAAAGUGAAAUAAUUGUUUAAAAACUUCCAGUGAGAAUAAAAUCGCCCUGUUUGGAGGGUAAAUGUGAGGCGUUCGCGUCGCACACGUCUGCACCUUCAGCGCUAGAAACGAGGAAGUGAGUUUGGUGACGUAUGACUCCACAUUUUGUGCGGGAAACUACUAUGAAUGAGAUGUUUGCAGAAGAGCCGCAGUGAUUGGACAAUAUUGCAAAGCCGCGCCAAGUUUACAGGUUGAAUUUGUGUUAAUUGUUCCCAUCAGAACUUCCUGGAGGGACCCCAAUAUGCUAUUUUUUGCCAUGCAUUUCUAUUCUUCUGCAUCUUCAUCAUCAUGGAUUAUGUGUAAACUGAGGCUACUAUUGAUGUGUGAUUUGUGCGUGAGGAUGACUAAUCACUAACUUUAUAAAAACCUACUGCUGUUCUUGCCAUCAGCCAGAAAAUAUCAGAAAAUAUAAAACAUAUAUAAUCCCCAGCGACGAGUGAGCUCCCCCAAAAGCCACGGUAUAGUUCUCACGCUGCACAUGUUCCAUUAUCAGCGAUGAUCUGGAACAAUUUAGAGUUUUAUCACUUCAUCAGGAGCAGUAGAGACGGUCGCUGCAGUGGCAGUUUUUACAUUUUAAAUAAAUGUUUCUGUAUCAACAACAAGGGAACCAGAAAAGCUCUUUCUCUGUACAGUGUUUUACUACCAAUGUGCCUUCAUUGAGCAGCAAAUGUUUCGGUUGUUUAACCCGGGGUUUUUGUAUUUUACGUGCAAUAAAGAUCAAAGUUGGAUUUGUCGUAGAGGCUCAAACACUCCGACAAUCAGAGCGGAUGCACUACUAUUUGUCUAGUACUGUCCUCUGUAAAGGUGUGAAUGUAUUUCUUGAAGUGGACGUGAGUGAUGCCGCGUCGUGUCAAAUGCCUCCUUGUUAUAAAUACGUGAAUGAAUGAAGAAAAACUGAGAUAAUAAAUGUGCCUUUGUUUGAAAAUCUA